CGCAAGAACCAACUUUUGCCCCCAAAUCCCCCCCUAAACUCUCCAAUCCCCUCCCCCCAUUGCGAGAUCCCGCACCAGAUUCGAUCUCCCCCCUCCCAAAACCCACGAGGGACCCGUCUCCGUCCCCGAAUCCGCCGUUUCCCUCCCCCGAAUCUGGCGGCCGGAGAUCGGGCGCGGGAGCCGGCGUCCGGCGGAGCUCGAUCUGUCCGUCCGAGCUGAGGCGGACCGCGAGGAGGCUAGCUGCGGCGCGGCAUUGGGCUUCGGCGCGCUUUUUCGACAAAAAGAAUGGCGGCGCCGGGGAGCAGUAAUGGCGGUGGCGGCAGCAGAUCCCAGCAGCAGCAGCCGCAGCAGGACAAGCAGAGUAUAUGGGCUGGCUGUUUCUCUGGCUUGUCAUGCUUCGGGGCGCAGAAGGGUGGAAAGCGUAUAGUUCCUGCAGCACGUAUGCCCGACGGGAACGCUUCGACUAACCGUGGAAAUGCUCAGUCUGGUGGCAAUCCCAACCAAAAUGGGGCUAUGAAUCUGUCCCUUCUCGCGCCACCGUCAUCGCCGGCAUCCUUCUCCAACUCUGCACUUCCUUCGACUGCCCAGUCACCUAACUGCUUCCUGUCAAUCUCUGCAAAUUCUCCUGGUGGCCCAACAUCUAACAUGUUUGCUGUUGGACCAUAUGCCAAUGAGCCGCAGCUCGUCUCGCCUCCAGCAGCCUUUUCGACCUACACAACCGAGCCAUCCACAGCACCACUGACCCCUCCUCCUGAACUGGCUCAUGCAACCACUCCAUCCUCUCCAGAUGUCCCGUACGCUCGGUUCCUUUCGUCGUCUAUGGGUCUUAAAACUGCAGGCAAGGAGCACAACAUGCAUUACUACUCUGGUGGUUCAGGGCUCCAGGGUCCUUAUCCACUUUACCAACCAGGGAGCCCUUCCAGCAGCCUCAUUUCGCCUGCCUCGGUGACUCCGAGGACUGGCCUCUCCUCGCCUAUCCCUGAGCAAAAUGUUCCCACUGCUGCUCACUGGAAGACGUCUAGGUCGGCCUGCGACACGCCGUACUCCAUUGCUUCGCCCAUACCAGAGCAAGAGGUCCCUACUGCACACUGGAAGACCUCCAGGUCUGCCUGUGACACGCCGUACUCCAGGACAUCGCCCUCGAACAUCUUCGGGCUUGAUUCAGCUGCCACAAGAAACUCCCUGCUAGAUAGCAACUUCUUCCGCCCGGCUGCAUCUGCUCAGUUCUACCUGGAUCAGGCUUACAAUGGUGGGAGGCUCAGUGUCUCAAGGGACAAGCAAGAUGCCGACGAGGUCGAAGCAUACAGGGCAUCGUUUGGGUUCAGUGCAGAUGAGAUGGUUACGAGCACUCAGCGUUACGCGGAAGCACCAGAUGCCACGCUUGAUGAGGGAUUCAGCAUAUCCCCAUUUGGAAACAGUGCCCCUGUUAACAACACAGAGGAGGUGUGCCUGUUCAAUGAUCCCCUGCCUAAUCAUGAGGUUCAGAAGGUGGGUAAGAUGGGUAGAUCACUUUCGAAUGCAAAAGAGAUGAUGACAAGCCCCUCAAAAAAGGCAGCAGACCAGCUUCCACAUAAGGCAGUGCACCUCGAUAUAUUCAAAGGAACAAAAGGGGGGUAUCUGUCCGAGGACGACACGUUGGCUGCAAAAGACUGCCAUCCAUUCAGGAUGACUCGAGACGAGAUAUCUCUGAAACCGAUAGAGGUGAGGAAGAAGGCCCCAGCCGGGCAGGCGUGCUCGGGCGCGGAGGUCGAGUUCAGGAGGGCAAGGAGCCUGAGAGAGGCCAACAGCGUCUUGUCGUGGCGCAGCACGCUGUCAAGGCAACUACAGUAAUGGAUGGAUGGUGCACUAGCUAAUAUAUUCAGGAUAAGUAAGUUGAAGAGUGAGCUUCCUCCCUUGGCCGAGCCGCCUAGCGUGCAUGUCGUCAUCGAUCGGAGGUGUUAGAAGUAAGUAAUCUGUCGUAGUCGCAGAGCGAGUAGCCUGUAUCUAUGCACUACCCAUAUAUGUCUGGGGAUCCUUUCUACUGCUAGCCCAGAUGGAUAUGUGAUGACCAACCAGCAGCUUGUAUUCAGUUUCAGAUUGCCAUGUUCCUCUUCUGUUUUAUGGAGACUCUGUAACCAUUAGCCGGCCUGCACAAUGGAAUGAAAUGAAAGGGCGUUGCUCC